AUCAGAACGCAGCUUUCAGGCCACGUGACCUUGCAGCCCAACAAGACGACAACCCGAACGGCAACAGCAUGGAGGUGUCUCCGUUCAGCUUCUUCCCGAGGAGGUGCUGGACGGAGGAGAAGGAGAAGGUGCUCAUCUCUUUUUUCUCCAAGCACACCUGCCUCUGGGACCACAAGUCAGAGAGCUACAAGAACCGCGAGCUGCGGCAGCAAACCCUGGAGCACCUGAGGAUCCUCCUGUCUUCUCACCCGCCGCCUGUCCCUUUCACAGUGGAGGAAAUCAAAGACAAGUUCAAAAACCUGCGCACCACCUUUCAGCGCCAGUACAAGCUUGUUCAAGCCAGCAGACAGUGCAGCGUGGACGAGGUGUUCGUGCCUCAGUGGAAGCACUACCACCAGCUGCUGUUCCUGCAGGGCUGCUGGGAUCUGGACGCCGCCGCAGUCCAGCCGCUGCAGUCGCCGCCGGCUGCACAGCCAGAGCACAGCCAGCCCGUCCUCACCUCAGGACUCGUCGCCUCCUACCUCCCCUCCUCCUCCAGCGUCUCCUCCAACAUCACGGUGAAGUCUUUCUGGACUGAAGAGAGGGAGCUCACGCUCAUCUUAUUCUACUCAGAGCACAGCUGUCUGUGGAACAAGAAGUCUGAAAACCACAACAACCGUCAGCUCAGACAGCGGCUGCUGGAGUCGCUGAGGGAGCAGCUGUCCGAUCACUCCGUGUCGUUCUCAGUGGAAGACAUAAAGUGCAAGUUCAAAAACCUGCUAACUGUCUUCAACUGGGAGUACAAAGCAGUUCAGGCGAGCAAGGCCUCUGACAAACCCUAUGUGUCCAAAUGGAAACACUACCAGCAGCUCCUCUUCCUCUGCCAGUCCUGUGAGGAAGACAGUUCAGCUGAUGAUGUGCAGAUACUGAUGGUGCAAGAAAGCAAGGAUGUCAAACCUGAAAAGGUCAAAGCAUCCCCUCAGGCAGCCUCGCCGUCCAGGUGUCCGUCAGACCGAGUGCCGUGUGGAAACCGCUCCCUGCUGAGCGCGCCGGCCAACAGCCGGCUGAGCGCUGACCCCCGUUGUCUGUGGAGCGAGGCCAAAACUCAGCAGCUCAUUUCCUUCUACUCUGAGCACACCUGCCUGUGGAACCACAAGUCUGGAAACUACAAGAACCGUCUGCUGAGGCAGAGCCUGCUGGAGACACUCAGCCGCCUCCUGUCAGAGAACGAGCCGGUGGCGUUCACAGGUAUCUGCCAUGUAGAAGACAUAAAGACGAAGUUCAGGAACUUACGGACCGUCUUCCAGCGGGAACACAAGGUGGUGAGCUCCAACAAAACCUGCGGCUCCGAGGACUUCUACCUCUGCAAGUGGAAGCACUACCACGAGCUGAUGUUCCUGUGCGACUCCUGCGACGAGAAGGAGCCGUCUGAAGACCUCCACGUCCUGGAGCCGCAGCAUCUGGACAGCCCCCCCUCCCCGCAGUACCACCCUGACAACACAGCCGACAGCAGCCCAAACACCACGGGUCUCCAAGCCCAGCCCUCAUCCACCCUCCCAGACUCCCAGCUGUCCUCCUCGCCGUCCUCGUCCUCCUCGUACACGGAGAGCAGAGGUCCGGGGAGGAAGCGGGCCCGCCAGCCGGAGGCGGACUGCACCGGCGAGCUGUUCGACAUGAUGAGGACGGUGUGCCAGAACCAGACGGCGUCGCCGCAUGUUGGCUUCCUGAAGUACGUGGAGGAGUGUCUGAACGAGAUGCCGCCGGCGAAAGUCAAGAAGCUGAAGAAGAAGAUCAUUGACUUGAUUCACAGCGUGGUGGAGGAUGGGUAGUGAGACUCCUCCCACUUUUUAUCACCACCAAAGUGUUUGCAGUGGACCAUUACUCUGGGGGGGCAGGGCUGCUGCUACUUGAUGUUAUUUUGUUAAACGUCCAAAAAGAAUCAAACCCUAAAUGUUUGCUCUGGACUCUGUGAGCCCAUCAGAGACGGAACCAAACCUUUGACCAGAUUCUUUGGGUCUGACGGUCAUAUGGGAUAAAUGCAUAGACUAAAGUCAAGUUGGUGUGCCUCUGACCUGCAGACCAUCAGAGCCGGCAGCAGAGGAAACUGGUCAUCCUGUCCUGGAAGAGCAGCAGUUCAGAACUGUGAGGAAAAAGUGAGGAGUGAUGGAUCCUCCAUAAAUCUAUUUCAGUGCCUUGUCACAAUCAGGAACCAUGGCCUAAGAACUCUUCAGAAUGUCCUGUUACAUGUUGUAUAUUGAACGAACAUUUCUAAAUAAAAAGUGUGAUGGCUUCA